AUGAAGUACUCAGCAGUUCUCUUGGGCUCGAUGGCCCUUUCGGCCUCAGCCUUCCCGGCCGUCAUGCAAAUGUCGGACGCCAUCCUCAAGGCUCGUAACUUGGAACAAGCCGCCGAGCUUCACAAGCGCGCUGAGGAGGAAAAGCGCCAGCUCCCAGACCCAACUGCCGCCCAGGCACUCAGCCAGGCUCGUGGCAACUGCGGUGUUAUUCCCUGCACAGUCUUCGAUGCCACCGAGCAGUACGUUUCCAACACUGGCGAGCACGCCUACGCCAGCCCAGCAGCAGAUGAGAUUCGAGGACCAUGCCCCGGCCUCAAUGCUGCCGCAAACCACGGCUACCUCAGCCGAUCUGGUAUUCUUACCAUCGAGAACACCAUUGAGGGUCUCGGUGCUGCCUACGGCAUGAGCGUGGAUCUUGCUGGGUUCCUUGCUGCCUACGGUAUCAUCUUCGACGGCGACCCAGUCGCUGGAACUUGGUCCAUUGGUGGCCCGCUGCCAACCAACCAGAUCACCAAGGGCCUUCUCGGCCAAGGUCAGGGGAUCUCCUGGUCUCACAACCUGUACGAGGGAGACAGCUCGAUCGCUCGCCCAGACGCCUACCUGAACAACGGUGACGCCCACUCCCUCGACGUUGAUCGUUUCAGGGAUGCCUACGCCGCUACCGAUUCCCGCUACCCAGGCCGCUACACUCUGGACUCCUUCGCCCAGAACUUCGCCAAGAAGUCUGAUGAGUCUGUCGCGACCAACCCAUACUUCUUCGCCGCUCCUUUCUCGACCACUCUCGUGUCUCCAGCUGCGUACAACUUCGUCAUCAACUUCAUGAGCAACCACACCGCCGAGGAGCCCAAUGGCUACUUUGAUGGCGAGCAGUUCAAGACUUUCUUCGCCAUCGAGGGUGACUCUCCAGCCGACUUCAAGUGGUUGCCCGGCCAGGAGAAGAUCCCAGACAACUGGUACCGUCGUACCUCGACCAACCAGUACAACGCUGCCAACGUCUUCACCGACUUGAUCCCAUCAUUCCUUGCCUACCCAAGCUCGUUCAAGCUCGGUGGUAAUACCAACGGCGUCAACACCUACGCUGGUAUUUCCCUUGCCGACUUCACUGGCGGUGCCUACAACUUGACCACCCUUCUUGAUCCUAAGGGCACCCAGGGUGCUUGCUUCUUGGCCCAGGUUGCCCAGGCUGGCAUCCCUGACUUCGCCAACUUGCCGCUCCAGCAGAUCACCCCAGUCACCGACCUGAUCAACAACUUCUUGACGCCAAUUGCUGGCGACCUUAGCUGCCCAGAGGUUGGCGCCUUCGACCAAACUCUUUUUAACAAAUACCCUGGCCACACCUACCGCCCAACCGGCCCAGACACCAACUACUAG